UAGUAAAUUAUAUUUUUUUAAGUAGAAAAUUAAAAAUCCAUUGAAAAUCUCAAUUCGAUUCGAAACCCUAAAUCUCAAUCCCAUUUCAAACCCCAGACAUCAUAAAUCUCAAACUUCAAAACCUUCAUUUCUAAAUUGGUUAUUGAAAACCAAAAAAAAAAAACAGUUUCCUUCUGCCUUGGGACUGAAAGAGAGCAUUUCUAAUAAUGUCUGGCGAAGAGGAAGAAAACGCAGCUGAGCUCAAAAUUGGAGAAGAGUUUUUGAAGGCGAAGUGUUUGAUGAAUUGUGAAGUGGCUCUAAUUCUUGAGCACAAGUAUGAGCAGCUUCAGCAAAUGUCUGACGAUCCCAUGAAUCAAGUUUCCCAGGUAUUCGAGAAGUCACUGCAGUAUGUAAAACGCUUCAGCCGUUAUAAAAAUCCAGAUGCUGUUAGACAAGUUCGAGAAAUUUUGAGUAGAUAUCAGUUAGCUGAAUUCGAGCUUUGUGUUCUUGGCAACCUGUGUCCUGAAACUGUGGAGGAAGCAAUCGCUAUGGUGCCUUCCAUCAAGACUAAAGGACGGGCUCACGACGACGAUGCCAUCGAGAGAAUGCUAAAUGACUUGUCCCUUAUCAAGAAAUUUGAAUAGUGGCCGCUAAAUUACUGGCUGUCUAUGACACUGAAGACAUUAAUAGAAUGUUGAAUGCCCUUUCUCUUAUAAAAUAUACAUUUUUACCUAUUUUACCCAUGUGACCCAAAAAUCUUAAGUGUGUCGAAUGGUUUAUGUUCAGUAAAUUUCUCAUUAAGGUGCUGCAAA